AUGGCGCGCGGAAAACGUCCCAAGCGCUCAGCAAAACGUGCCUCGAAAGGGCAACAAAACGAACCCAAGGCCUCAACCACAGCUUCUGCAUCUCCUGCGCCAUCCUCCGAUAGCCGUGAACACGAAAUUCUGGAGCGUCUCAAGAAGAUAGGGAACUAUCAGGACAAUCUCUCCACUCCUGCUUCUCAAACCGAAUCCCAAGGCCCAUCUAUUCCUAAGAUCUUCGACCCGAGUGCAACAACGGGUGAAGUCUCCGCAGACCUCACGGCGCGCGUGGAAACCUACAUCUCCAUCAAGAAGUGCGAGCUUCUCUUUGCCCUCUCCCAGUGGAUCCUGUCCGGCAAGCGCAACGAUGCCGUCGACGAGCUUCUAGACAUAGGCAAGGCAAAGACAAACACCGAGAUCAAGGCCGCAAAUGCAACUAUUCCUGGAGAUGACGUACCGUCAAACGAAGUUGAAGGCCCUGGGAACUCUAGCGCGAAUGAAAAUGCGCCUGCCACCGGAGCAGAAACCACGAGUGAAGCCGCGACGGAAUUCGAAGCCGAGAAUGGAACCUCCACCGAGGAAAAGGUCCAGGAGCUGGAGUCUCGCAAUCAGGCGCUCACAUUGCAGUUGCAGGAGCAGAUGAGGGAGAGCGAGACACUGAAGCACUGUUGCCGGGUCCACCACGAGUUGUUCCAAGAGUUGAAGGGGGAGUAUAUCGAAGCUGCGGAGGAGGGCCUCAAGCUUCUGCAUGUGUAUAAGGAGCUGGAGGAGCUGUACAAAGAGUCUGCCCACAGACACGGGGAACCCGACGAGCGGUUCCAGGAGCUUUCGAAGAAAUUCUAUAGCAUUUUUUAG